UUGUUUUCAUUAUGCAAUCAUCGCUUGGAAAUUGACCCAAACUCUGAGAUUCAAAGCUGUACUCAGCUCCACUGAGCUCAGCUUAGCGCGCAGAGAGAGAGAGAGAGAGAGAGAGGGAUAGAGAGAGAGAUGCUGCGUUGAAUUUCGUUGCUGUUGAUCAUAGAAGAAAGGGGCUUUUGCGUUUUAGUGAGGCUUCUUUUGUGAGUUCGGAAAAUGUUGGGGCGGAAUCCACUUCUGCGGAGCGGGAGUUUCCGGCCGGAAAAUCUCGGCCAAAAUGCUCUUGCGAUGAUUGGCAACCUUUGUUUCACGAUUUUUGUGGUUGGGGUCUUGGUUUUCACCAUCAUUGCAGCCACCUAUGAGCCUGACGACCCUUUGUUCCACCCCUCCACUAAGAUCACCACUUUUCUCACAUCCAAAUCCAAUGCCACUUUUCAAUCAGAUGAGACUGUGGUCAAGACUGGCGAAGAUUUUAUGGCUGCCAAUCAGACUGCAUUUGCCACUUUCAUUAACAUCACUGAUGUUGAUAAUGGCGAUGCAAAUAAUGCCAAUCUUGAUUGCACCAAUGAGGUGGAUAAACCCAUCGAUUGUACGGACCCAGAAGUUUUCCAUGUGAUGAUGAAGGCUGCUAUAGAAUUUUUUAAGGAUAUGCAUUUUUAUCGGUUUGGUAAACCUGUUCCUGGGUCAAAUGAUACUUCCUGCCACAUGGCGUGGCGGUUUAGACCCAAGGAAGGAAAGACUGCAUCAUUUUAUAAGGACUAUCGGAGUUUUGUGGUUUCCAGAUCUGAAAAUUGUACUCUCACUGUUGUUCGAAUUGGAGACUAUCAUUCUGGAGGGAAUGCUAGGAAGAGGAAGAGGAACCAGAAACUAGGGUUUGAGAAGAAGCCUAAGACAGAAGGGUUGCAGCCUAUUUCUCUUCCUGAAGUGGGGGAAAUUGUAAAUGACUCUCUGCCUAUAGUUGAAUCGGAGGGUUCAUUUAGCCAGGGCCGGUACUUGAUUUAUAUUGGAGGCGGGGAUAGAUGCAAAAGCAUGAAUCAUUACCUGUGGAGUUUCAUGUGUGCUCUGGGUGAAGCUCAGUACUUGAAUCGGACACUAGUUAUGGAUUUGAGUAUUUGUUUGUCUUCCAUCUACACCUCAUCACAUCAGGAUGAAGAGGGGAAAGAUUUCAGGUUUUACUUUGACUUCCAGCAUCUGAAAGAAUCAGCUUCUGUGUUGGACCAGGCUCAGUUUUGGUCUGACUGGACUAAGUGGCACCAGAAACAUGGGUUCGGCAUCCAUCUGGUGGAGGAUUUUAGGAUCACUCCAAUGAAGCUAUUUGACAUCAAGGACACUUUGAUUAUGAGGAAAUUUGGGUCUGUGGAGCCAGACAAUUACUGGUACAGGGUGUGUGAAGGGGAGACAGAGUCAGUUGUACAGCGACCUUGGCAUCUGGUAUGGAAGUCUAAGCGGUUGAUGGAUAUAGUGUCUGCAAUUUCAUCAAGGUUGAAUUGGGAUUUUGACUCUGUUCAUAUCGUUAGAGGAGAAAAGGCUAGGAAUAAGGAGCUCUGGCCCAAUCUGGAUGCAGAUACAUCACCUGAUGCUCUUCUCUCAUCUUUGCAGGACAAAAUUGAAGAUGGAAGGAACCUGUACAUUGCUACUAACGAACCUGACACAUCCUUCUUUGAUCCUUUAAAAGACAAGUACUCCACUCAUUUUCUUGAUGAAUAUAAAGAUCUCUGGAAUGAGAGUAGUGAAUGGUACACAGAGACUGCAAAGCUUAAUAAUGGGGUUGGUGUUGAAUUUGAUGGUUACAUGAGGAUCUCUGUUGAUACAGAAGUGUUCUUGAGGGGGAAAAAGCAAAUUGAAACAUUCAAUGAUCUCACUAAAGACUGCAGGGAUGGAAUUAACACCUGCAGCUCAGCUAGCUAAUCACUGUACUUUGAUAUUCCAAUACUAUUGGUGCUACAUUGGGGAUCCCCACAUGUAUUUUAGGUGUUUUUUGUUUUCUUUUCCUGAAAAUUUAGUAUUAAUAUGUAGAUUGGAGUUUUUGUUAGCAUCCCCAUGUCUCCUGUGCUUCUAAAAUCAGUUGUCAGUUUCUGUCAUUUGCUAUUCUGUUGGAAGUUAUAGCUCAUGUCAUUUCGAUGUCUAAUUUAUUUGACUCUCAUGUACCCAGUAAUAUGGUCCUAAACUAAAACGGUUUUUGUUCUCCACUUUAAAUGUUCUUGAAUUUUCA